AAAUAAGCCCCUUACAUCUUUCCUUGAUCGUUCUUCCUCUGCUUACAAGCAUCAUAAAUAUACAGACAAAAAAUCGAUCGCCCAAAAGAAAACUAAUGCCCAUUGGAGGAAAAAAAAAAAACAAAUUCGACGGGACCAUAGCCAAUCCAACUGCGACCUCGACCCAAUUCAGAUGGGAACAUGGUUGGGGAAUUAGGGUUGUGGGUUUGAAUUAAAGAUAAUGUGAUUUUUCGUCUGAAGAUUUGUGUUCUGGAGCUGAGGAAUUUGGAUGUGAAGGAUGUUGCCCGAUCAGGACAAUUCUCGAAUUGAUACUUUAGAGCUUAAAGCUCUGAUUUUUAGAAAGAUAGGGCGUGAAAGAGCUGAGAAAUACUUUGAUCAGCUUAGAAGAUUAUUCACUUCCAAGAUUAGCAAAAGUCAGUUUGAUAAGUUCUGCUUUCGGAUUAUUGGGAGGGAAAAUGUCCCUCUUCACAACAGUCUUAUAAAAGCUAUUAUCAAGAAUGCUUGCCUAGCUAAAGUUCCACCUUCACAAGGUAUUAGGAAAAUUGGAAGUAACCUUAGUGUUAAAAUCCCAAAUGGAUAUCAGAGAAAUUGUCUUCAAUCAAUCUAUGGGGAUGCCUUUCCCCCUUCUCCUCGCAAGGGCAGGUCUCCAAUUAAUAGGGAUCGCAAGUUUCGGGAUCGCCCAAGUCCGCUUGGCCCCAAUGUGAAACCCCAAAGUGUUGCACUUGAUGAAUUGGUUUGUAAGGCACAAGAACAGCAAAGUGCAACAGAAUUGGUUUCUCUCGAUAGCAGACCUCCAGUUGAAGUUGCAUCUGUUGAAGAUGGAGAGGAGGUUGAACAAGUGGCAGGAAGCCCAGGUGUUCAGAGUAGAAGCCCUGUAACAGCUCCAUUUGGUAUAUCGUUGAAUUUUGCUGGAGCUCGUAAGUCUCUGUCUAAUAUAUCUGUAUCCAAUGAUUAUCACCCAGAGAGCUGUCAGAACAGUAGGGAGCUACCUGAUACGAGAUCAUUAAGAAGCCGUUUGCAACGGAAGUUGGACAUGGAGGGAAUGAGUGUCUCAGUGGACUGUGUUAACCUAUUGAAUAAUGCAUUGGAUGCAUAUUUAAAGAGAUUGCUUGAGCCAUGCAUGAGUUUAGCUGGGUCAAGGUGUGGAAGUGAUAGCUCUAGACAACUAAACAACCAAUUCCUACCUGGCUAUAGUGGUAUGAUACCCGGUAGAUUUGUGCGAAGAGCUGCAAGAACUAUUUGCAUUUCCAUGUCUGAUUUUCAGGUUUCUAUGGAAUUGGAUCCCCAAAUACUAGGAGAAGAUUGGGCAAUACAGCUUGAGAAGAUUUGCUUGCGUGCUUCUGAAGAAUGAAGAAAGCCGCACAUGGAUUAAAAAUUCAGCUGUGUGUGAGAUAAUAGACAUGAGCUCAUGUCCACGCUUCUUUUAAAAAUUCAGUAUUUUGAAUUGAUUAUUGUCUGAUAUGAUUUUGGUCUCACCUGUUACGGAAUUCUACUGCACUGUCAAAGGAAAUAAGUGGAUUUUAUGGGAAGUUUUGGAUUAAGUUGAUUAGGUGACAUUUACAUGUAGGCAUUGAGGAUGGUUGGGGAGAGGGAGUUGUUUAUACAGUAACAUGUAGACUUUUAGAUACAUUAAGGGCCUCAGCGUUUGAUGAGUGUAAACCCCACUUUUCCAAUUGAUAGCUUGUUUUGUACCUCCCUCUUCUUCGAUGUAUCCAAGUUAGGAAUUUAAUAAAGCAUUAUUUUGUUCAGAA